AUGGCGACGGCGGGCUGCGGCCUGCUGCCGGGGCCCGCCGCCGCGCAGGAGGGCGGCCGGGCGCAGGAGGGGCUGCGCCAUGGCCGUGGUCGCUCGCAUGAGGACGUACACCAUGGGCAUGGCCACUCGCAUGGCAACCUAGACCAUGGCCACGGCCUCUUGCACGAAGACCUAAACCAUGGCCAUGGCCACUCACACGAAGACCUACACCAUGGCCAUGGCCACGGCCACUCACACGAAGACCUACACCAUGGGCAUGACCAUGGCCAUGGCCAUGGCCACUCACACGAAGACCUACACCAUGGCCAUGGCCACUUGCACGAGGACCUAAACCAUGGCCACGGCCACGGCCACUCGCACGAAGACUUGUACCACGGCCACUCGCACAACGACCUACACCAUGGUCAUGGCCACUCACACGAGGGCAUGUACCAUGGGCACGGUCACUCGCACGAGGACCUACACCAUGGCCAUGCUCACUCGCACGAUGACCUGCACCACGGCCACUCGCACGAGGGCAUGUACCAUGGGCACAGCCCCUCGCACGAGGACCUACGCCAUGGCCCCUCGCACGAGGACCUGCACCACGGCCCCUCGCACGAGCGUUUCCCUCCGGAUCCCUCCAAACGGGCGUCACGGCCGGACACGGCGACUCUGUGGAUGCACACGAUGGCGGCCACCCUGGUGAUCAGCGCCGCUCCGUACCUCGUCCUCUUCCUCAUCCCGGUGGAGUCCAACGCCCCCCGGCACCAGGCGCUGCUCAAGCUGCUCCUCAGCUUCGCGGCGGGGGGGCUGCUGGGGGACGCCUUCCUCCACCUCAUCCCCCACGCCCUCGCGCCUCACGCACACCACGGCGAGGGAGGCCACGCGCACGCCGAACCGGUCGGCCACGGCCACUCGCACCACGGUCAGGAGCACGCCCGCAUGCUGACGGUGGGGAUGUGGGUGCUGGCCGGCAUCGUGGCCUUCCUGGUGGUGGAGACCUUCGUCCGGCACGCCAAGGGCGGCCACGGUCACGGUCACGGUCACAGCCACGGCCAUGGGGUCAAGGCCAAGAGCAGCUCCAGCGAAGGUGAGGAGGAGCCGGGGGCGGCGGGACGGCGGGAGAGGACGGCCACCAAGGGCCACCGCGGGAAGAACCGGCCGGCGGAGACGGUGGCGGAGGAGUCGGCCAUGGAGGUGUCGGGGUACCUGAACCUGGCGGCGGACGUGGCGCACAACUUCACGGACGGGUUGGCCAUCGGCGCCUCCUUCCUGGCGGGGCCGGGCUUGGGGACGGUGACGGCGGUGACGGUGCUGCUGCACGAGCUGCCCCACGAGGUGGGGGACUUCGCCAUCCUCGUCCAGUCCGGCUGCAGCAAGCGCAAGGCCAUGCGUCUGCAGCUGGUGACGGCGCUGGGAGCGGUGGCGGGAGCCGCCUGUUCGCUGCUGGCGGAGGGAGCGGGCGAGGCGGCCACGCUGGGGGUCCUGCCCUUCACCGCCGGCGGCUUCAUCUACGUCGGCACCGUCUCCGUCAUCCCCGAGCUGCUGCGGGACGCCGGACCCCUCCAGUCCUUCCUCCAGGUCCUGGGAUUGCUGGCCGGCGUCGCCAUGAUGGUGGUCAUCGCCCGUUACGAGUGAGGGACAGCGGAGAGGGGGGU